AAGGAGUCUCCGGCCGCCUGCUGCUACACUGCGCUGAAGUCGAGCGAGGAGGGUCGUCCACGGAGGGAAUUCAGUGGAGUGUUCACAAGACGUCCUUUGGAGAACGUGUACAGAAUGGCUAAGGCCCCAGCUAUUGGCAUCGACUUGGGCACCACCUACUCUUGUGUGGGUGUGUUCCAGCAUGGCAAGGUGGAGAUCAUUGCCAAUGACCAAGGAAACAGGACCACACCAUCAUAUGUGGCAUUCACAGAUACUGAGAGGCUCAUUGGUGAUGCUGCAAAGAACCAGGUUGCCAUGAACCCCAGCAACACAGUGUUUGAUGCCAAGCGGCUGAUCGGCCGUCGGUUCGACGAUGCCGGGGUUCAGUCGGACAUGAAGCAUUGGCCCUUUACCGUCAUCAGCGAGAGUGGCAAGCCCAAGAUCAAGGUCGAGUACAAGUGCGAGCAGAAGGUGUUCGCGCCCGAGGAGAUCAGCUCGAUGGUGCUCACCAAGAUGAAGGAGACGGCUGAGGCCUACCUGGGCAAGACAGUGACGGACGCCGUCGUGACCGUGCCAGCCUACUUCAACGACUCGCAGCGGCAGGCGACGAAGGACGCUGGCGCGAUCGCCGGCCUGAACGUGCUCCGGAUCAUCAACGAGCCGACAGCGGCCGCCAUCGCCUACGGCCUGGACAAGAAGGUCGGCGGCGAGCGCAACGUCCUCAUCUUCGACCUGGGCGGCGGCACGUUCGACGUGUCGAUCCUGACCAUCGAGGAUGGCAUCUUCGAGGUCAAGUCCACCGCCGGCGACACGCAUCUGGGCGGCGAGGACUUCGACAACCGCAUGGUCAACUUCUUUGUGCAGGAGUUCAAGAGGAAGCACAAGAAGGACCUGUCGACCAACAAGCGCGCGCUGCGUCGGCUUCGCACGGCCUGCGAGCGGGCCAAGCGCACGCUCUCGUCGUCCUCGCAGGCGUCCAUCGAGAUUGACAGCCUGAUGGAGGGCAUCGACUUCUAUACGUCCAUCACCCGCGCCAGGUUCGAGGAGAUGAACGCCGACUUGUUCCGCGGCACACUGGAGCCGGUGGAGAAGUCGCUGCGCGACGCUAAGAUGGACAAGGGCUCCAUCCACGACAUCGUGCUGGUCGGCGGCUCGACUCGCAUCCCUAAGAUCCAGAAGCUGCUGCAGGACUUCUUCAAUGGUAAGGAGCUCAACAAGUCCAUCAACCCGGACGAGGCGGUGGCGUACGGCGCAGCUGUGCAGGCGGCUAUCCUGCACGGUGACAAGUCGGAGGAGGUGCAGGACCUGCUGCUGCUCGACGUGACGCCCCUGUCGCUUGGAAUUGAGACGGCCGGCGGCGUGAUGACCGCGCUCAUCAAGCGCAACACAACGAUCCCGACUAAGCAGACGCAGACGUUCACCACCUACUCGGACAACCAGCCAGGCGUGCUGAUCCAGGUGUACGAGGGCGAGCGCGCCAUGACCAAGGACAACAAUCUGCUCGGCAAGUUCGAGCUGACCGGCAUCCCGCCGGCGCCGCGCGGCGUGCCCCAGAUCGAGGUCACCUUCGACAUCGACGCCAACGGCAUCAUGAACGUCUCGGCCGCCGACAAGUCAACCGGCAAGGCCAGCAACAUCACAAUCACCAACGACAAGGGCCGCCUCACCAAGGAGGAGAUUGAGCGCAUGGUGAACGAGGCUGAGUCCUUCAAGCAGGAGGACGAUGCACAGCGCGAGAAGAUCGCCGCCAAGAACGCGCUUGAGUCGUACUGCUUCAACAUGAAGUCGACGGUCGAGGAUGACAAGGUCAAAGACAAGAUUUCGGACGCCGACAAGACGGCGAUCGUCGACAAGUGCAACGACACCAUCAAGUGGCUGGACGCCAACCAGCUGGCGGAGAAGGAUGAAUUUGAGCACAAGCAGAAGGAGCUGGAGCAGAUUUGCAACCCCGUCAUCAGCAAGCUGUACCAGGGCGACGGCGCUCCGCCUGGCGGCGCGCCCAAGGGUGCCGCCCCGGGCGCCGGUGGGGCUGGCGGCUCGGGCGGCGGCCCGACCAUUGAGGAGGUCGACUAAGCGCAGGCGCCACCCCGUACGGCUUUCGACAGUUUGGCUCGCAGCUGUGGGAGCUCGAUUCUAUUCGCUUUCAUUGAGGCAAUGAUUCGUGUGAUAGCAAGGCGUUGCGUUGUGAUUGGCUGCUAUGCUUAGUCGGGACGGAUAAAUGGUGUUACCUGCUAUACGGAAUUAUAUGUGUAGCGAUUCCAUGCUUUACCUGAUUUCAGUUGUACCUUGAAGUUGUCCGAUGCUUUUUUGUGUACUGUGCGAAAUAAAUCACUUAUGUACCUUA